GACGUAGGGCAUCAGGAUGGAUCAGGCAGGUCCGAGGAGCAGAAGAGGUCUCGGUCUCAGGACUGACGUAACUCAGAAUUUACAAACCUUUCACAAAGUGAUCACUGCAAACUCGAGUGUCCUUCGACUCGGCUCCCUUCCAUCGCAGCGAAAGGUUCACAUUUGCCAGUAUAGAAAUAUUUUAUUGAUGGAUUUGUGCUCAGAAUAUCGGGACGCUGAACAAAUCCGUGACUGGCCUUCAGAUAUAACUGAAUAUGAAGCUGAGAAUAAUGGAUUUUGAGAAGGAGGCGAGUGACGGUGAAUGUGAGCAGACCACAGCAGGAGCAACUCUGUGGGUGAAGACCACCAAGAGACAACAUUAUUCCGUCAUUGUGUUGAGUGAAGUGGAGGAGUCUGAAAGGGUGGGACACGUUUGCCGAGUCCUCAAAUAUCAACCAAAGUUAGUUCGCUGGUCAAAUGACAUGGAUUUAAAUGUUGAAAAGAUGUUCAACCUCGCCACUGACCAUACCAUCAAAGAUAUUAAAGAAGCCUCCAGUAAAAAGCAUGUUUGCAAAAUCUGCAGUGUGGAACAUACGUACAGAGCUGAACUUAAGUUACAUAUGGAGGAUCAUAAGACCUGCAGGAAAAGCUCUCGAUUGAGCAGUCGAGUAGCUGGAAAUGAAAACCUUGGCUGCGAGAGAGAGGCACGGACUUCCUCGGAUCAGGCGGAUUUAAAUCCUAAGAGCUCGCAACUGGCAAAUCAUGACGCACAGUUUCCGCAGAUCAAAAAUUACGUGUGUAAACUCUGCGGUGUGGAAUAUGUCCGCAGAGCCAACCUCAUAAGUCACAUGAGGAUCCACACGGGAGAAACGCCGUACACGUGCAAGAUCUGCAGGAAGGGCUUCAGACGCAGUGACUGGUUAGCAAAGCAUAUGAAUAUGCACAGAGACAAAAGACAGGCGUCUUUAGAUCGCAGGAAGAAGCGGCACGCUUGUGACUACUGUGAGAAGACGUACCAAAGCAGAGACGCUCUCCGAAGUCAUUUGCGCACACACACUGGUGAGAGGCCUUACCAAUGUGCUAUAUGUGAGAAGCGUUUCUACAAUGAAGGCUCCCGUAAAAUGCAUUUAAGGUGCCACUCAGAAGACCGGCCAUACACAUGCUCAGAAUGCGGACACAGCUUCAAGCGCUCGGGGACUCUUAAUAAACACAAGCGCAUUCACACGGGAGAAAAACCCUAUUCAUGUAGCAUCUGCAGGAAGAAGUUUCGUUACAGAUACAGCGUGUCAUUGCAUAUGAAAAGUUCCUGCUGUCGGGACACAUGAGAUGUAGGAGUUCUUUUAUUUAACUAAUCAUACUAUCAUAAACGACAUAAGCAAAUUUGAGAUACUGAAACAACUGAAAGCAUUUUGAGGUGUUUGUAAUGAUUUAGGUACAACCCCAAUUCCAAAAAAGUUGGGAUGCUGUGUAAACUCUAAAUAAAAACAGAAUGCGAUAAUUUGCAAAUCAUGGGAAUGUAAUUGAAAAUAGUACAAAGAUAACAUAUCAAAUGUUAAAAUUGAAAAAUUUUAUUGUUUUUUGAAAAAUAUAUACUCAUUUUGAAUUUGAUGUCAGCAACACGUUUCAAAAAAGCUGAGACAGGGCCAUUACUACUGUGUUGCAUCACCUCUACUUUUAACAACACUCUUGCCCCUUUUCCACCAAAGCAGUUCCAGGGCUGGUUCGGGGCCAGUGCUUAGUUUGGAACCGGGUUUUCUGUUUCCACUGACAAAGAACUGGCUCUGGGGCCAGAAAAACCGGUUCCAGGCUAGCACCAACUAUCUGCUGGGCCAGAGGAAAGAACCGCGGAGUUGUUAAGACCAACAACAAUAACAAGACCGCGAAAGAUCGCCAUUUUUAAGCGACGAGAAGCAGCAGCUGUACAAACGCGAAGUCAUCCAUUAUUGUUGUUGUUGCUGCUGCUUCUUCCGUGUUGUUUUUGCUUCGAUAUUCGCGCCAAGGUUUAUGCAAACGUAGCGACAUAACUGACGUAUACAGCGACGUAACUGACGUAUACAGCGACGUAAUGACGUGUCUUUCCUUAGCACCGCGAGCUAUGGAAAAGCAAACUGGUUCUCAGCUGGCUCGCAAGUUGAACAAGUUGUGAACCAGCACCGGCCCCGAUUUGGUGGAAAAGGGGUAUCUGUAAACGUUUGGGAACUGAGGAGACCAGUUGCUGUAGUUUGAAGGAGAAAUGUUGUCCCAUUCUUGCCUGAUAUACAAUUUCAGUUGCUCAACAGUUCGGGGUCUCCUUUGCUGGAUUUUGUGCUUCGUAAUGCGCCAAAUGUUUGAAAUGGGAGACAGGUCUGGACUGCAGGCAGGCCAGUUUAGCACCCGGACUCUUUUACUACAGAGCCAUGCAGUUUUAAUACGAGCAGAAAGCGGUUUGGCAUUGUCUUGCUGAAAGAAGGAAGGCCUUCCUUGAAAAAUAUUUUGUCUGGAUGGCAGCAUAUUGCUCUGAAACGUGUAUAUAUCAUUCAGCAUUAAUGAUGCCUUCCCAGAUGUACAAGCUCCCCAGGUCAUGUGCACUAAUGCACCCUCAUACCAUCACAGACACUGACUUUUGAACUGUGCACUGAUAACAAGCCAGAUGGUCCCUCUCCUCUUUAGCCUGGAGGACGUGGUGUCCAUGAUUUCUAAAAAGAAUUUCUACUUUUGAUUCAUCAGACCGCGGGACAAUUUUCCACUUCGCCUCAGUCCAUCGUAAAAGAGCUCGGGCCCAGAGAAGGUGGCGGCGUUUCUGGAUAUUGUUUAUAUCUGGUUUUAAAUUGCAUUUGUGGAUGCAGUAAUGAACUGUUUUCACAGACGAUGGUUUUCUGAAGUGUUCCUGAGCCCAUACAGUGAUUUCCACUACUGACACGUGUCUGCUUUUAAUGCAGUGUCGCCUGAAGAUCACAGGCAUCCAGUGUUUUCAGCCUUGUCUCUUGCAUACAGAGGUUUCCCCAGAGUCUUUGAAUCUUUUAAUGACAUUAUGUACCAUAGAUGACGUAAUCUACAAAUUCUUUGAAAUUUUACACUGAGGAACAUUAUUCUUAAAUUGUUGUGGUCUUUCACAGAGCGGUGAACCCCUCCCCAUCUUUACUUCUGAGAGGCCCCUCUUCUUUGGGAUGCUCUUUUUAUACCCAAUCAUGUUACUGAUCUGUUACCAAUUAACCAAAUUAGGUUUUUUAGCAUUACACAACUUUUUCAGUCUUUUGUUUUUCCUGUCCCAACUUUUCUCAAAUGUGUUGAUGACAUCAAAUUCAAAAUGAGCAUCUCAUCUCAUCAUCUCUAGCCACUUUAUCCUGUUCUACAGGGUCGCAGGCAAGCUGGAGCCUAUCCCAGCUGACUACGGGCGAAAGGCGGGGUACACCCUGGACAAGUCGCCAGGUCAUCACAGGGCUGACACAUAUGGCCCUUUUCCACUACCCUUUUUCAGCUCGCUUCAGCUCACUUCAGCCCGACACGGCUCGCGUUUCGACUACCAAAAAACAGCACGACUCAGCUCGUUUCAGCCCUGCUUAGCCCCUAAAACUCGCACCGUUUUGGAGUGGGGCUGAAGCGAGCCAAACCGAGCCGACUGACGCUGGGGGCGUGAGCAGACACUCCCCUGUGCACUGAUUGGUGAGGAGGAGUGUCCUCACAUGCCCACACACGCCCCGCGAGCACGCUGGGAUCUGUAAACACCGCAAAACCGGAAGAAGAAGAAUUACGAAUUACGAGAAUUUCUGAAGCCUUAUGCGCCUCGCCUCAUCUAUACACUCUUGCCAGUAUCUGUCCGCGUUGUCGGUGACAACAAGCCACAGCACCAAGACCAGCAACACUAACGACUCCAUGUCCUCCAUGUUUAUUGUUUACUAUCCGGGUUGUGAGACUACCGCUUAAAAGCUCACUGAUGUCACUGUUUGCGCCGCUUAACGACAUCACGUGACGUCCACCCACUUUCGCUAACUCCACCCAAUGUGUCCACCCACUUCCAGCCAGCACGGUUCAGCGCGGUUGUAGUCGAAAUGCAACUCCAACAGCCCCGCUCAGCCCGACUCAGCACGGCACGGCUCAGCCGCGUUUGUAGUGGAAAAGCGGCAAUAGACACAGACAACCAUUCACACUCACACCUACGGUCAAUUUAGAGUCACCAGUUAACCUAACCUGCAUGUCUUUGGACUGUGGGGGAAACCGGAGCACCCGGAGGAAACCCACGCGGACACGGGGAGAACAUGCAAACUCUACACAGAAAGGCCCUCGCCGGCCACGGGGCUCGAACCCGGACCUUCUUGCUGUGAGGCGACAGCGCUAACCACUACACCACAAAAUGAGCAUAUAUUAAAAAAAACCUCUCAGUUUCAACUUUUGAUAUGCUGUCUUUGUACUAUUUUCUAUGAAAUAUAGGGUUUCCAUGAUUUGCAAAUUAUCACAUUCUGUUUUUGUUUUACAGGAGUCCCAACUCUUUUGAAAUUGGGAUUGUAUCUUCAUAUAAGGAAUGUCACCAAAUCCAUAUACAUUAUUCUGAAUGAAAGGAUAAUGUGCUCUAAACAAAUACAAAUAUGAAUACAAUACGGGGUGCAGCAGAAGUUUCAUAGGACAUCUGGUUGAGACUUGAGGCAUGCAUCAGAACUGGGAUCGGGCUGGAAUAAAAAAAAAUUAAUGCAAGCCGGAGGUUUUUACUUUCAUGCAGCUGUGAGCUAAUAAUUAGAUAUGAAGUCCUCAGGACAAAGAAAGAUCAUGUUCAUUAAUAUGUACACUAUACACUACCGUUCAAAAGUUUGGGGUCACCCAGACAACUUUGUGUUUUCCAUGAAAAGUCACACUUUUAUUUACCACCAUAAGUUGUAAAAUGAAUAGAAAAUAUAGUCAAGACAUUCUUCUGGCCAUUUUGAGCAUUUAAUCGACCCCACAAAUGUGAUGCUCCAGAAACUCAAUCUGCUCAAAGGAAGGUCAGUUUUAUAGCUUCUCUAAAGAGCUCAACUGUUUUCAGCUGUGCUAACAUGAUUGUACAAGGGUUUUCUAAUCAUCCAUUAGCCUUCUGAGGCAAUGAGCAAACACAUUGUACCAUUAGAACACUGGAGUGAGAGUUGCUGGAAAUGGGCCUCUAUACACCUAUGGAGAUAUUGCACCAAAAACCAGACAUUUGCAGCUAGAAUAGUCAUUUACCACAUUAGCAAUGUAUAGAGUGGAUUUCUGAUUAGUUUAAAGUGAUCUUCAUUGAAAAGAACAGUGCUUUUCUUUCAAAAAUAAGGACGUUUCAAAGUGACCCCAAACUUUUGAACAGUAGUGUACAUUUACGGCAUUCCUCCAAUACUGCCUGGUCAGGAUUGGGCCACUGGUUUUCAGAAAUCGAUCCAAAUAAUUUUGUUUGGGAACAUCAUGGGUGGGUACAAGCUAAAAUAGUAAAAGUGCAAGUGGCAAAAACAGUCUCAUGCACAUCUUUAGUUGAGACCAGUUCUGAACUGGAGCGAUAUAGCUGAGGUUGAGGAACGGUCAGAGACGCUAUUGCGGCCUCUGCAAGCGUGUGUCCGUGUUGUCUGAAGGAGAAAGGAGGAGAUCUCAGUGUUGUGACUAUAAAAAGUCUGCAGGGGUGAGAAAGGAAGGACUGGGACCGUGAGUGACGCCUCUAUUAAAGAGAAGAGUGAGAACGUGGGCAGAACAUGUGAGCAGAGUUGUAUUAUAAUAAGAUUUAUUUCACACUUUCCUCACUGCCUUCUUUUGUCUCAUGUCACCAAUAAAUAAUUAAUUAAUAUAUAAAUUGUGAUACAUGAUAAAAAAAAAUCAGUGCUGGACUUGGAAAGUUGGAACAUUUUACAGGUUUGCUUCUCCAACAAUGAUUAAAGAAUAACCUCCAUUCAAA